AUGUACCCGGCCAUGCUACCAACGCCGCCACCAUCGCCUAUUCCCCGCUGCUAUGCUCCCGAGGACCGUCUAGGACUCGUCUUGGCCAACCGGCUGGAACUCACCCGAGUCCUGGGUGUCGGAGCCUAUGGCGUUGUUUACACCGCUCAGGAUAUUCACACCCACGAGGUCUUUGCCGUUAAGGUGCUCAACAAAACUGGCCUGGAUCCCCGCCAGCUCAAGUUCCAGCAGCGCGAGAUUAGACUUCACCAUCUGGCCAGCCAGCACCCCAAUGUGGUUUCCCUAAAACGCAUUAUGGAUUCCGUGGAUUGUACCUACGUCGUUAUGGAAUAUUGCCCGGAGGGAGACCUGUUCUCUAACAUCACCGAUAAGGGUAACUUUGUCGGUAAUGAGUUCUUGGCCAAGAGUGUAUUCCUCCAGAUCCUGGACGCUGUACAAUAUUGCCACUCUCUCGGGAUCUAUCACCGUGACCUCAAGCCUGAGAAUGUCCUGGUCACCAACCGGGGUAUGACCGUCAAGCUGGCCGACUUUGGUCUCGCCACGACGGAUUAUUACACCACCGACUUUGGAUGCGGUUCCACCUUCUACAUGUCACCUGAAUGCCACCAAUCCAACCCUCGACCUUUGUCUUGUUACAUGUCCGCUGCCAAUGACGUCUGGAGUCUGGGCGUGAUUCUUGUCAAUCUAACCUGCGGUCGCAAUCCAUGGAAACGCGCUUCGAUCGAGGAUUCCACAUUCCAGGCCUACCUGAAGGAUCCAUUCUUCCUCCAGACCAUUCUGCCUCUCUCCACCGAAAUGGUCGGGAUCUUGAGCCGGGUCUUCGAGGUCGACCCAAGUAAGCGGAUCACCAUCCCCGAGCUGCGCCAGCUCAUUCUGGAGUGCCCCCGCUUCACGGAGAAUCCCGUUAUCCCAGCCCCCUGGGUGCCGGAGCCGGUCACCUACAUUCCCCAGCCCCAGGUGCCAUUGUUCAUGGCCCCCAUGGCCCUGCAUGCCCAGCCCUGUGGCUCGUCCCUGCAUGCGCAGCCCUCUGGCUCGUCGUCGGACUCUUCGCAGUACUCGGCCUUCUCCCAGUCUGCCGCGUCCGACAGCUCGGCCAUCACCGAGGAUUACUCGGAUCUCAACAGCAUGUCGCCCACCGUCUCGGAGCAGGUUGCCAAUGGCAAGAUGGUAUUUCCUUCUGUCUGCGCGGAGCCCUUCUUUCCCGCGGAUCCCUUUACCUAUGGCCUUGUUCACCCCAACAUGCCGAGGUUUGAGAUUCCCGUUUGA